AUGGAGAGCUCAACUAUAACCCUUGAAGAAUCUGCGAAUGGCAGCGCAGAGGUGACCAAAUCUCGUUUUGCCAGGACCAGAGACCGAAUCCACGGCCGCAUGUCCGGCUUUCAUGCUCGAUUACCUUAUCUCCGAAAACUACCACUCGCAGCCAUUUUGAUUAUUUUACUGCUCAUUGCCGUCAACUUGGUAGUCUGGGCUAUUUGCGGCAUCAUCCUCGCCUACCAUACCCAACUUCUGUCGACGGCGGCGUUGUCGUAUACGCUGGGUCUCCGACAUGCUCUGGACGCAGACCAUAUCUCAGCUAUCGAUCUAAUGACUCGACGGCUGAUUGCGACCGGACAACGACCCGUAACAGUGGGCACAUUCUUCAGCCUGGGGCAUAGUACCAUCGUCGUGGUCACUUCAAUUGUUGUAGCCGCCACGGCAGCAGGUGUAUCCAGUCGCUUUGACAGUUUUGGGAAUGUGGGUGGCAUCAUCGGCACUUCAGUGUCUGCAGCAUUCUUGAUCCUCCUCGGGAUCAUGAAUGCCUACAUCUUAUACAAGCUUGUUGUGCAAAUCAGAAAGGUCAUUCGAAUGCAACCAGAUCAAGCUGCGGAAGAAGCCUGGAAGAUCGAGGGUGGUGGAGUACUGUUCCGCCUUCUGAAACGGAUGUUCAAGCUCAUUGAUCGACCUUGGAAGAUGUAUCCAUUGGGGGUUCUCUUUGGACUGGGAUUCGACACCAGCUCCGAAAUUGCGCUCUUGGGGAUCAGCAGUAUUGAGGCAACAAGGGGAACCAGCAUCUGGCUCAUCCUCAUCUUCCCGGUCCUGUUCACGGUCGGAAUGUGCUUGGUUGACACCAUCGAUGGGGCCUUGAUGAUGAGCCUUUACGUCGCGCCCAUGGGCGUGGGAGGAGAUGACAAGAAAGAUGAUGAAGCUGGAGAUGGAGAAAAUGUAACAGUGACCACUCAACCAGUCGCUCUAGAGGAUAUUGACCGGCCGCCGUCUCAGCCCGCCACAGCGGCUGGGACCCAUGCUCGAGUCAAGGACCCUCUCACAUUCUUAUAUUACAGCAUCGUCCUGACCUCCCUAACAGUCGUAUGUGCCAUUGUGAUCGGCCUCCUGCAGCUCCUAUCACUGAUCCUGAACACCGCCCAUCCGACAGGCAGGUUCUGGGACGGAGUGGAAAUGGCAGGCGAGUACUACGAAGUGAUUGGAGGAGCCAUCUGCGGGAGUUUCAUCGUCUUCGGCGGAAUAAGCGCUCUCUGCUACCGGCCAUGGAAGCGAUGGGUCCAGCGGGAAAGAGCUCGCCUUCGGGCCCAGGCCGAGUGGGACAACGAUCCUUCUACACGGAGUCCCCCGUAUUGGGAUGAAGAUGACGGUAUUACUAUGGAUAGUGGAGACCUUGACGCAGAGGGUGGAUUGUAUGCGGAUCAUGGCGAUGCUGAACAAUGGAUCGAUGGUGAUGGAAAGCCGUCCUCUUCCUCCAAGCAAGAGACUGCUGCUAAGGCGUUUGAUUCUCAAAGGUCUAGGAACGCAGGCGCAGCAUCAACCGGGAAAUAA